AUGUCCAUAACCAAGGGACAGGAUAAUAAAGUGUGGUGGAGACAUGCUAUGCAGCCAUUAGAAGCAAACAAACAGAGGCAAUUAUAUGGAAUUAGCAAGAUGAAUAAAAAUAAACUGAUUCAUGAUUUCCUGGAAGUAGUUUCAAGGGGUGAUGUGGAACUCAUCUGUGACUAUAUUACUAAAGUCCAUUCCAUCCUUGGAAACCUUAACUUUCAGCAUCCAAAGACUGGGAAUACACCUCUCAUUACUGCAGCAGAAGAAAAUCUAGCAGAGGUUGUUGAAUUUCUUCUGGAAAAGGGAGCAGAUAUCACCCUUUGUAAUUACAGCAAUCAAACCGCAGUUCAUGUGGCUAAUUGCGAUGUGCAAAGACAACUCUUGGCCAUCAAUGGAAUCCAGGCUCCCCAAAUGCAACUUCUACAAAGUUCAUGGCAAGGCAAUCUUGAACAACUUCAACACUUGCUGGCAUCUGAAGAGUUCCUGGAUAUAAAUUUCCCAAACCAACAUGGCUUGACCCCUCUGAUGCUGGCUGUGAGGGAUGUGGAUCUGUUUGAGGGUCUUGAUAUGUCAACAGUCUACAGACCUGUGGAGGUUCUGUCUGAGCUCCUCAAGCAUCACGCAGAUCCUAAACUCUGUGAUUUUAGUGGAAAAUCAGCAAUACAUUAUGUGUCACAAAUACAAAGUUUUAGGAAACAGCAGUUAUUGGACAUUCUAAUGAAUUCUAUGCCAAAACCAGAAAGACAUGCUGAAUCAUUGCUUGACAUUUGUCAUGAUACAAACUCUUCUCCCACUGAUAUGAUGACAGUUACUACAAACCAAAAUAUAAUCUUGCGAAGCAUCAGCAGCAAUGAGGAGUUUGACCAGGAUGAGGACUGCAGUCAUUCCAUAUUGGUUAGUGAAGGAGGAGAUCCAAGUGGUGAUGGACAAGAUUGGCAACCCAGGACAGAAGAGUUUUCUAUUUCUGAUAUGAAGUACAGUCACCGAAGAAUCGAGUUCCCUCUGCCACCAUUGUCACUUUUGUCCAUGAAACCUGGUGUUCAUACAAUCCCCCCAAAUCACAAUGAUCCAAAAGAGAGAGAAAGAAAUAUUCUGAACUUCAUAUCCUUUGUACCUAAGCUCUCAGAGCCUGGAAGUCGAUCUGAGGAGUUUAGACCAUCACACAAGCAGCAGGAAGCUCCGUUUAAGGUGUUUGUGGGUCAGACUCUCAGGUCCUCUGAUAGCUCCAUUUGGUCCAGAAACAUGUGCUCGUUUUGGAAGGCUAGCCAUCAGAGACAACACAUGGAGAUGGAGGAGAACAGGAAAUCCAAGGAAACAGAAGGAAGCGACAAAAUUGUAGUCUCUGACUUUGAAAAGGGACAAUCUUUGGGAUCCUUUGGAAAUUGUGAGGAGAGCAAUUUUCCUACAAAUCGGGAAGUGGAUCUUGACUGCAUUGGUCGUGAAAUUCGAAAAGCAGAAGAAGAGAAUUCUCAACAUCUUUCAUCAGGAAAGAAAGAGGGUUCAUUAGCCAGAAACUGUAAACAAGACUGUGAAGUUGGAUGUACCAUGCCAAUCAAGUUCCAAGAAGCCCAGCAUUCAGAAAUAAUUCUAAGGCAGGAUGAAGAGACUAGAAAUGAUCAGGCUGAUUCCAAAAGUUCUUCAGUACAGAAAGGUGAAGCAGUUGAGCCAAAUCAUAUUUUAGAAGAGUGUACUGUACUUAAAAGUUUGUCCAAUGUAGUCCCUGAUGGCUCUACUGAAGAGCUCCCACAAGGUCAUAGAGGCAUGGAGACAAACAUAAAAAUAUCAGUAGCAGAGGCCACCAAACCAGAAAUGAAUGCAAUGGUGCCUCUUAUCCACAUCACUUUCCCUGGACAUGGACCUCCCAAGGAACCGGCAAUAGCCAAACUGAGCCUCCAAAAAAGAAAGGGCACUCUUCAAAACAACAAUAACUUCAACAUACUUGCACACCAAGAAAACGACGGGCAUAAGAUGAAAACCCACAGAAAUAAGUUGGAGUCAAAGACCAAGACCAGUAACAGGACACCCCAGAAUUUCAUGAUUUCCAUUGCAGGUUCCAUUAAGCCUACCAUGCAUAAAACCAGCAAAAAAACUCAAGUUUUCCCUGCUUUGGGGAUUGUUGACCCCAGACUUCGGCAGUCCCCCAAGUUUCAAAGGAGAAUGCCACAGGUAGAAAAGAAGCAAUCAACUUACAGGGCUCUGAAACCUAAAAAGCAAUCUUUUCCUUGCAUCUGUAAGAAUCCAGGAAUGAAGAAGUCUCCUGUUCCUCUCUCUGCUCAACCAACAGAGCCAAGACUAAAUUAUUUAGAUCUUAAGUAUAGUGACAUGUUCAAAGAAAUCAAUUCAACUGCUAAUGGGCCUGGAAUCUAUGAAAUGUUUGGGACUCCUGUUUAUUGUCACAUGAGAGAGGCUGAACAUCAGGAGCACAAAUAUUACCGAGAGAUAUGCUCAGCUCCGUCUGGCAGAUGUAUUACCAAUAAAUGUCGAUCGUCACACAGUGAGAGAAGCAGCAAUAGCAGAACAAGAUUUUCUCAGAAAAGACCACACAUUAAACCUGCAAAGCCUUCGCUUGGCAUUAAACAAAAGAGCAAAAGUUUAAUUUCUAAAGAAAAGGGUUACAAGGCCGUAGGUAGCAACUUACAAGACAUUGAAAAUGGUGAUGAUAUUUCAGAUCCAGAGUGGCAGAUAAAGUCUUCAGGAAAUGACUUUCUCUCUUCCAGUGAUGAAGGUCAGCCCAUGAACUUGGCUCUGGUUCAGAAGCGGUCCACUGCACAGAAUGGAUUCCUUCCUGUUACAGGUUUGUCCACUGUUGAAGAAGUCUCUGUGGAAGAGUCUGCUAAUGAAGUAGACAUUUCUAACAAUCAAAUACUUGCCACAAGCCUCAGAGAUCUGCAUAAACUUGAAGAACUACAUCACCAGACCCCAUUUGUUCUUUCAGAAAAUAGCUGGGCAGUGCCCAGUGAGAAGGGUUCCAAUAAGCAUGUACUGCAAGAAAAGCAGAAUACAGCAUCUCUUGGUAAAAUAAAUGCCAACCAAAUUUUGACUAACGAUAUAGGGUUCGAAAGUGUUUUAGAUAAGUCUGAAACACCUACGAGUUUCUCUUUCCAAGAGAAACAACAGAGUGCAUCUUCCCAAGCAUAUCAACAUUGGGCACAUUCUUUGGAUCAUGAUAGUUUAGCUAAUGAGUCAAUUACAUAUCACACAUUUGGACAAACUUUAAAUGAUGCAAAUUCAAUUUCGCAAGAAAUUCUAGAUUCUGUGAAGAAUGAAGAAUUGACAGAUGAACUAUUAGGAUGCCUAGCUGCAGAACUAUUAGCUCUUGAUGAGAGAGAUAACACCUCUUAUCAAAUAAUGGCAAAUGAAACAGAUCCUGAAAACCUAAAUCCUGUCUUCAGUAGGAGAGGAAAAACCACGCCAGAAUUGGGCGGAGAGACGACAAAUGUUAAAAUACAGAGGUGUAGUAGUGGGUUUAGGAUAUUCAACAAGGAGGAGAAAUUUCUCAACCCAAAUGAAAAGAAGACAUUUUCUGAAAAUAGUUCAAAGUAUGAAGAAUGUAUCCUGUGGACAAAGGGCGAGAUCCUUGGGAAGGGAGCCUAUGGUACAGUAUAUUGUGGUCUUACUAGCCAAGGACAGCUAAUAGCUGUAAAACAGGUGGCUUUGGAUACUUCUGAUAAAUUAGCUACCGAAAAAGAAUACCGGAAACUGCAGGAAGAAGUAGAUUUGCUCAAAGCACUGAAACAUGUCAACAUUGUGGCCUAUUUGGGGACAUGCUUGGAAGAGAAUAUUGUAAACAUUUUCAUGGAGUUUGUCCCUGGUGGCUCAAUCUCUAGUAUUAUAAACCGUUUUGGGCCAUUGCCUGAGAUGGUGUUCUGUAAAUAUACAAGACAAAUUCUGCAAGGUGUUGCUUAUCUCCAUGAGAACUGUGUGGUGCAUCGAGAUAUCAAAGGAAAUAAUGUCAUGCUUAUGCCAACCGGAAUAAUAAAGCUAAUUGACUUCGGCUGUGCCAAGCGUUUGGCCUGGGCUGGCUUAAAUGGCACCCACAGUGACAUGCUCAAGUCCAUGCAUGGGACUCCAUACUGGAUGGCCCCGGAAGUCAUCAAUGAGUCUGGCUACGGAAGGAAGUCAGACAUCUGGAGCAUUGGCUGCACCGUGUUUGAGAUGGCCACAGGGAAGCCUCCACUGGCUUCAAUGGACAGGAUGGCAGCCAUGUUUUACAUUGGACCACACCGAGGGCUGAUGCCUCCGUUACCAGAACACUUCUCGGAAAACGCAGCGGACUUUGUGCGCGUGUGCCUAACCAGGGACCAGCAUGAGCGACCUUCUGCCACCCAGCUCCUGAAGCACUCCUUCUUGGUAAGAAGUCACUGA